AUGAUCGCUCUUCGCGUCACUGCCCAAUGGGGACACGCAAAACUUGCGUAUCUGCUCUCUUAUGGCUCCGUCGCUGCCUGCUUCGCAGUUAACAUGAGGAGCAUCACGUUUAUUCACGCGACAUAUGACCCUCUGACGAGAGCUCCUGACGACGGACGUGAUUCUCAUGAGUGUAUGAUGCUUGGAGGCUUGCUUCGUAUGUGGGAGAUGAGAAGCACAGGUCUAGUAAAGUUCUUGUACCAUCAAGGUGUCCCUUGGAUGAUCCUGGUUUUUGUCGCCGAAGUCCCUACUGUCAUCACAGCUGGUUUUCACCUCAAUGAGGGCGUCACGUUGAUUACGCAGCCCUUUGCGGCUGUUACACUGUUUACUUGCGCUACUCGCACGUAUCGCGGUCUCACAGACUAUGCACACGAACCUGCCAGCUUGAACGUGCCAGCAUCUGCUGUCACUGCGCGCUUCCAGUCAUCUGAAUGA